ACACACACACACAAACAUACAUAAUAAACAUAUACUAUCAUUUAAUUUUACUGCUUUAGAAUAUUCUUUGAAUAUCAGUUCAGCUGUCCACUUCAUAAUACAUAUGGCUUAGUAUUACAUAUUAUGUACUGUAUGCAGUUAAAUUCAUAAUAGUAAUUUUAUUUCAAAUACAGAAUAUAUGUAUAACGCGGCCCUGUGGUGUACUUGACGUGCUGUUCCUGUGAGAGGUUCAUCUCCUGCAGAGCUGUAUUUGUUUACGGACCUCAGUAGCCCAGGAGAAGCAGCACAGGACCUCAGCCGCUAUCAGCCCCAUCCGAUCUCCCGUCCCAAGAAAGAAGCCGUGCAAGAGGAGACCUGUCCACAAGGUGGUGCCAGUGAGUCUGCCUGGAAAAAGGGCUUCUCUCCUAUCCGGCGCCAUGCCAGACUCCUGUGGAGGGAGGGACAGAGGGCCAAGGGAAAUAUCUGUCCUGGACCAGUUGGACCAGUCUGGCCAGCCUCCCAAACCCGCCUCACCACCUCCUGCAGACGAUGCCUUCAGUCGCUACAACCUUCAGAGGGACAUGUCAUCCUCCGAGGUGGGUGUUCAGCCCGAGAUCCAGCUGGCAGAAGACUACGAUGUGUUUAUCUCGAAGUCCCAGCUGGACUCCAUCUUGGUCAAUUACACCCGCUCUGGGAGCCUGCUUUUCAGGAAGCUGGUGUGCGCUUUCUUCGAUGACGAGACGCUGGCUAACUCGCUGCCUAAUGGCAAGCGGAAGAGGGGCCUGAACGACAACAGAAAGGGCCUGGACCAGAACAUUGUGGGGGCCAUAAAGGCGUUUACAGAGAAGUACUGCACCACUAACAAGAUCGAGAAGCUCCCCGGUCCCAGAGAUUGGGUGCAAAUUCUGCAAGACCAGAUUAAGCUGGCCAGGAGACGGUUAAAAAGACAGAACGUGGAGGCUGCAGAUGCUGUUUUGAACAAAACUGCCACAUACACCACAGAAGAGUGUCACUGCUCAGAAGACAGGAAAGAAAAAAUAGAACUACCUAGAGGUAAUGAGUUAAAGAAGACUGCAGUUGGCAUUGAAGGGGACAUCUCUGCUUAAUGCUUAAUGCAUUUUCCAGCCAAAUAGAAACUUGGUGAUGGAACGAUGUUUGUCAAGCCCCCAGGCUCCUCUGACUCUGAGACACUUUAAAAACUGAAAAGUGAUGUAUGUGUAGAUGGGAUAUGCUUCUUCUCACACAUCCCAUCUUGAAAUGCAUACAUAUAAGGUGAAGGGGCAGCUUGGGGUGCGAGUGUAGGGUAGGCUGUUUAUCCGAGGAUAUUACAGCAUUUUUCGGGGAGUUAAGGGCCCUUAAAUGUCCAUCCAAAAUAUCUGGGUGACUUAAAGAAAUCAUUCCCAAGUGUAGUGGACCACUGCAGUAUUACAGACACAAGGAACUUUUCCAUGAAACUGAAUUUUAUGAAUUUAGCUGUCAUUUUACACACACAUUGAUAAUUGGCCAUAAUUAAUAAGUGGCUUUUAAUUGCCAGUUUCAGGUGACUGUCUGUUACGUUUACAUUGUGCCCCUUAAACGUCACCGUGUUUAUUUUUUGUUUUUUAUCUUGAGAUCACUGUAUUCUGUCCAUAUAGACCUAUUCUCAUAGCAUCAGUCUACUAUUUCUUCUUCUUUGAACACUAAUUACCAGCCAGCAGUUCACAGUUGCGGUAACUGGAUCUAAUUGAGGACUGAAAAUUAAGUCCCUACGUCGAGGAAGGCAAACUGUAGUUCAGCCCAAUCUAAAAUUGCCAGAUUGGGUGGCUAGAUAACAUAUUUUAAAUCCGCUGUGUGAUUUGAUUUACGUUAGCUAACUCUCGAUUAAGCAUUGUAAUGCUAAUCGUGUUUAUCGGAUUCACACCGAACACAUCUUGAUGCAGGACAUUUCAAGGAAACGGUAAUGCCAUGCUCAUUGAAUAAUAAGAAUGGAAAUUUAAAUGGAAAUUACCAUGAAAAUAACAACAGAUGUUCCCCUAGACUUACAAUUAUGGCACAGUUUUAUGCAUUUCAAUGACUACAUGUAGUCAUAUCCUACCCCUGACAUUCGAAGUACACAUAAUUAUCAUUUAGUUUACUAUUCUUUAAUUAUUUUUGCCCAAAUGAAUUAGCCAUGUAUGUAAUAUAAUUAAGUGUUUUAUAUUAAAGCCAAGCCAAUAAAUUUUAAAUGUUAGAAAUAACAUUGAAAUAACUGACUUUACCUUUAUGCACUUUAUGUGAAGCCUUUUAUUUGUAAUAAACUUAUAAUAUUAUGGUGCACAUAAACGUUUUUCCCCUUUUGAUUUAGUUUAAUGCAAUUAUAAAAAGCAAAGCAUUGUUAUGAUCUUGUCAAUAAGAUUGUUUACAGAAUAAAAAUACUAUCAAGAUGUAAGUAUGCCAUCCUUUGAUAUGCAUAAUUAAUAUUUUAAAAUGAGUACUACUGUGAAAUGAAGAGAUGUGGACACUGUGUGAGAUCUAAUUAUGUGUCUCUGUGUAUUUAUUUGUGGAGUGUGCUGGGAACACAUCUAUUUUAACUUGCUGUGUAGUCACAAGCUUUGUCAAACUGUAAGUGCUGAUGUUGUCCUUUGCUGUAAGACUUGCCAAGAGCAGUGUUGUGCCCCUGUUGAAUAAAGCAAAUUUCUCACA